UCUGAACAAAUAGUGAAAAAUUAGCAAUUGUAACUAAUAUUCUUAAACCAUGUCACACGCUUCUUCUUUCAAAAUUCAAAAGUACGAUGCUUUUCUGAGUUUUAGAGGUGUAGAUAUACGUAAAACAUUUGUGAGUCAUCUCUAUAACGCUUUAGUACAAAGAGGAAUUAAUGUUUUCAAAGACGAUGAACGUUUAGAAACUGGAAAAUCAAUUUCUGAUGAACUACUAAAAGCCAUAGAAGAGUCUAAAUUUGCUAUUGUGAUAUUUUCUGAAAGCUAUGCAUCGUCAAAAUGGUGUUUAAACGAGCUUGCACACAUCAUAAAGUGUCGAAAGGAAUUGGACCUAACCUUAAUUCCUAUUUUCUUUGAUGUAAAUCCAUCAGAUGUAAGCCAUCAAACUCAAUCUUUUGCUGAGUCUUUUUCCAAACAUGAGGAACAAUAUAAAGAUGAUAUGGAGAAAAUUCAAAGAUGGAGGGAUGCAUUUGCUGUGUCUGGGGAAAUAAAAGGGCACCAUUUGCAAAAUUACCAGGAUGAGGCGGAUUGCAUCAAAAAGGUUGUUGACGAACUAAUGAUAUCAUUACAUAUUAAAUCUGAUGAUGAAGACGACGACGACGCUGGCGAUCGGGGCAUAGAUUCUAAAUCUACAAUUCUUAUUGAAGGAGGAAAAAUGAGUUUUUCACGAGUUAAGAAGACGGGAAAGAAAUGUUUCAUGAUAGCAGCUAGAGGACUUGAUAUUGAAUGGAGUAAUACACCAGACUAUUGGGAAUGGUUACCUCACUCUGAGUCCAGAUUUGGGGAAGUGGCUAAACUCAAGUGGGUUUGUUGGCUUGAUAUUCGAGGCAAAAUUGAAACUCAAAGACUAUCAAAAAGAACCAAAUAUGUUGCUUAUCUAGUGUUCAAAUUGGAAGAUAAAUUCCAUGGCCUUGAAACUGUUAAAGCAGUUGUUAGAUUAGUUGAUUAUAUGAGUGUAAAGGAAGCGGAACAACGAGCUAGUGUUGUACAUUUUUCAGGACGAGGAGCUAAAGAGACACUACCCGUAAAAAGAGGUGAUGGAUGGAUGGAAUUAAAAAUGGGAGACUUUUUCAAUGAUGCAGGAGAAGACGGAGAUGUUGAUGCUCGAUUAAUGGAGACUGAGCGACUCGAAGCAAAAGGUGGACUCAUUGUUCAAGGAGUGGAGUUUCGUCCAGAAUGAAGAAGAGAAGAAUCCUCCUCUUACUAUGCAUUAUUGUUUUGGUCUUAUUUGGAUUGAUUCAAGUACUUUUAUAUAUGGCCCUUCUAGAGGAGCGUAUUAAUCCAGAGAAUUGAAUUUGAUUAGACAA